UUCACUCAGCCCCUUCAGCUCCUCCUCUUUGCCAAAACCACGAGGUUUUUGGAGAAAUUUAGACCUGUUUGGGACUGAGGUUGAUUAGGAACUCCCUAAACUUUCCUCCCUGGUGUGUUUUCUGGGGUUUUCCCCCGUUGCUGGUGCGUGACCAUGGGUUAUUGUGCAGCCCUCAACUGCCACAACGCCACCAGCGGGAUCUACAAGAACAGCUCUGUCAGUUUUUACGGGUUCCCCCUACAAAACAAACCCCUCCUGAGGCAGUGGAUCCAAAACAUGGGCCGGGACAUGGAGACCCCCUCCAGGUACCAGAGCGUGUGCUCGGAGCAUUUCGAGGAGAGCUCCUUCAAGAAUGACCCUCUGAAAAUCGGCAAGAGGCGGCGCCUGCUGAAGGAAGCUGUUCCCAACAAAUUCAUCCUGGCCAUGGAUGGGACCUGGCUCGUGGGCACCCCCCAGGGCUUCAGCACCACGAGCUGCAAAACCCGAAAACGGAUGCGGAAUUCCGAGCCCUGCAGGGACCCUGAGAUGUUUCCUCGGUGGCCACGUCUGGAGGAUUGGCAGAAUGAAUUUCAUAAGCAAUUGCUGAAGGAGAAAUACGGAUCUGUCAUUACAAUGGGAAGAGACUUGUUCCUUGUUCCCAAAACCCAUAUCCCAGUAGGACAGGCGGCGCAGGUCAAGGAUCCGUGGCAUUUGGAGGGAAAGAAAAUUCCUGCCAGCCUCAGCACAGGCCAUGGCGAUGCCACGAUCCAGGCUGCAGGAGGCACACAGCUGCAUGGAUCAUCCUCAGGAGCAUCCCAGGCCUCCCCCUGCCACUACUUGGACCAGGGGGAACCAUCGGGGAGCCGCCAAAAUCCGGCAACAAACCCGGCCGCAAACCCAGCCAAGCUGACGGGAACAGGGAGCAGCAGCAGUGUGCUGGCAGGGCAGGAGGUGGAUGAGUUCAGGCAGUUCCUGCUGGACCACCAGGGCGAGCCCGAGGACGCGGUGGUGCCGUGGUUCAUCUGCACCGAGUGCGGGAAGAGCUUUGCCCGCCACGCCUACCUGCUGCGGCACCGGCGCGCCUGCCGAGGGCAAAGGCGCCUUCCACGGGCCCCCCGGAGCUCGCUCCUGCCCUCCCUGCCUGCCUGGGCUAGGCACGUGCUGGCAGCUCUCAAAAAUCCUGCUCCGCCCAGAGUUGGGAUUUGAGUGCGUUAGAGUGGAGUUGGGGGGGAUAAGGCAGUUUUCCCAAAUUGAAUCGAGUUCCGGUUCAAUUUGGUGCUGGCCUAAUGGGCGUUGAUUAGGACCUGGAUCAUCGCUGUCAUUCUUACCGUGCUCCAUCCAGCUCCUCCUGGGAGCAGGAGUUGGAUAGAGCAGCAUUGGCUGUACCAAAAUGGGCAUUAAAAAAACGUGGUGCACCAAGCACGUGCUGGAGAGCAUCCAGAGUAGCACAGGGAAACACUGGAAAUCUUCAGGGAUGAAAAAUGGAGAAUUGGGAAUGGGAUUGUAACGUGAUGUUUGAAGCAACCAACCCCAGGCAUUAUUUCCCCACUUUAGCUGCUCUCCCAUUACUGUACCUGUAGAAAUAACUCUAUUUUUGGGUUCUAUUUUUAUACUGACCCCAUGCUUUCCUGUGGGGUGAGAUGCUGCUUUGGUUUCUGAA